CUCGACUCUCCUCAUCCAUCAUUUGCUUCCCGCAAAGUCCAUAAAAAGGAUAUCUCCAGAGUCGCAUUUCACUAUCGAAAACAGCAACCUCAUAAAAAUGUCUCACUGCCACGACGAGCACGUCGGUCACGGCGGUCACGACCAUGACCAUGAGCACGACCACUCGGACGACAUCACUCCCGCCGUGCAGCACUCUCUGUACAGCCAAAUCAACUUUGACCACAUUGUGACGCUCAACGAGGCUCAGCGGGAUGUUGGGCAGGCUGUCGUCAAGAAGACGUGGCAGGAGAGGCUCAGCGUGGAGCCUGAGCUGGCGAGUGAUGUGGAUGAGCAGCUCCUCAUGACGGUGCCAUUCACUUCUCAAAUCAAGCUUCACUCUAUUCUCAUCCGCACUUCCCCCUCCGCAUCAGCCCCAAAAACCCUUCACCUCUUCAUCAACCGCGACGACAUCGACUUUGCCGCCGCCGAAGAGCUCGACCCCGUACAAACCCUCGAACUCUCCCAGACGGGUGAACUCCAGGAAGUCCCCGUCCGUAGGGCGCUCUUCGGCAAGGUCCAGCGGCUUGUCCUCUUCUUCCCGGACAACUUUGGCGACGGAGACGAGGACGUCACGAGGGUUUCGUACAUUGGGUUCAAGGGCGAGUGGACGCAGCUUGGCCGAGCGCCUGCUAAUAUUAUCUAUGAGGCUGCGGCGCAGCCUGGGGAUCACAAGAUCAAGGGGACGAGUGUGAAUCAGAUGGGGAGUGGGAUUGGGGGGAGGGGACCUGGGGCGUAGAUGAAGCAGUCAAUGGGAUCGAGUAGAUCAAGACUAUCCCAGCAGAAGAAUGAAUUAAAAUAAAGAGAAAAUAUAAGUUUCAUCAAAAG